GGGCCCGGUUGAACGUUCCAUUUACGGGGUAUUCAGAAAGUUCGUGGGUCGUUAAAGUAGCUAGCAAGCUAAUUCCUUAGUUUAAAAAAAACAGCUAUUUAGACUGCUUUUACUUUUUGAGAACAGGCGACCAUCCUUCCCGAGGUUUAAUCGUUGAGCCCUCAGCAUGUCUCUGCCGAGGCGGGAGGUGGAGGAGUUGCGGCCCUGGGUGGAACGCACGGUGAAUAAGGUCCUGGGCUUCCCUGAGCCCACCGUCGUCAAGGCUGCACUGCACUGUGUAGGCAAGGGCCUGGACAAGAGGAAAACUACAGACCAGCUGCGGCCGUUCCUGGACGACUCGGCCGGCGGGUUUGUGGAGCGGCUGUUCGAGGCGCUGGAGGAGAGCCGCAGCUCCCGAGGAAGCAAGUCUGGAGGGGAGAGGCAGCGCAAGCGGGACCUGAAGGAUGUGUUUGGGGAGGAGAAGGAGGCCGGUCGAGAGCCCCCUGCUGGUGCGGGGGGGGAGGCGAAGAGGAAACGGGUGCCCCGCUUUGAGGAAGUCGAGGAGCCCGAAGUUCUGCCAGGACCCCCGGCCGAGAGCCCAGGCAUGCUCACCAAGAUGCAGAUUAAACAGAUGAUGGAGGCUGCGGCCAAACAGAUCGAGGAGAGGAAGAAGCAGCUGAGCUUUGUGGCUCCCGUGCCUCAGCAGAGUAUGCUGCCCCAGUCUGAGUCUCCCGCCUCUCGCCUCCUCUCCCAAGUCCAGCUGCCCCUCUCUGCAGCUGCCCCGCCCCUGGGCUCCUCCCACUCCAUCGCCCCCAACCAGGCCGCCUCCUUCAUGAACGACGCCAUCGAGAAGGCCCGCAAGGCCGCCGAGCUGCAGGUCCGCAUCCAAUCAGAGCUGGCCCUGAAGCCGGGCAUCCUGGGAGCGCUGGCCACAGGGUCCAGUAACCUGGUCGCCCUGGCCAACCUGCACGCCAUGGGCGUCGCUCCCCCGAAAGCGGAGGUCCGGGAGGUGUCCAAGCCGACCCCCCUGAUCCUGGACGAACUGGGGCGCACCGUGGACGCCAGCGGCAAAGAGGUGGAGCUCACGCACCGCAUGCCCACUCUGAAAGCCAACAUCCGGGCGGUGAAGCGGGAGCAGUUCCGGCAGCAGCUGAAGGAGCGGCCGGGGGAGGACCUGGAGUCCACCUCCUACUUCGACCAGCGCGUGUCCAUAACGCCCGCCCAGCGCCCCCGCAAGGGCUUCAAGUUCCACGAGCAGGGCCGCUUCGAGAAGAUCGCCCAGCGCAUCCGCACCAAGGCUCAGCUGGAGAAGCUGCAGAUGGAGAUCGCCCAGGCAGCGAAGAAGACCGGUAUCCAGGCCUCCACAAAGUUGGCCCUAAUCGCCCCAAAGAAGGAAAUGGGCGAGGGAGAGGUGCCUUCCAUCGAGUGGUGGGACUCGUACAUCCUGCCCUCCAACAUUGAUCUAACUCCUACAACAGCCUUUGACCAGUAUGAGUUACAUGGGGUUACAAACCUGGUGGAGCACCCUGCCCAGAUGAGCCCUCCAGUGGACACAGACAGGCCGGUGACAUUGGGGGUGUACCUCACCAAGAAGGAGCAGAAGAAGCUGAGAAGACAGACACGCAGGGAGAGGCUGAAGGAGCUGCAGGAGAAAGUGCGUCUGGGGCUCAUGCCUCCCCCUGAGCCCAAAGUGCGUAUCUCCAACCUGAUGCGGGUGUUGGGCACGGAGGCGGUGCAGGACCCCACCAAGGUGGAGGCCCACGUCCGAGCACAGAUGGCCAAGAGGCAAAAGGCCCACGAGGAGGCGAACGCCGCGCGCAAGCUGACCACCGAGCAGCGGAAGGAGAAGAAGGUGAAGAAGCUGAAGGAGGACCUGAGCCAGGGCAUCCACGUGGCGGUGUACAGGAUCCGAAACCUGACCAGCCCGGCCAAGAAGUUCAAGGUGGAGGCGAACGCCGGCCAGCUGUACCUGACGGGGACUGUGGUCCUGCACAGAGAUGUCAACAUUGUGGUGGUCGAGGGAGGUCCCAAAUCUCAGAAGAAGUUUAAGAAGUUGAUGCUCAGCAGAAUCAAGUGGGAUGAACAAGGCAACUCCAAAAGAGGCGACCCUGACGGUUCGGACGAGGAAGGCACCAAAAAGAACAAGUGCAGUCUCGUCUGGGAGGGCACGACAAAGGAGCGCAACUUCGGGGAGAUGAAAUUCAAGCAGUGUCCCACAGGGAACAUGGCCAGGGAGCACUUCAAAAAGCACGGCACGGAGCACUACUGGGACCUGGCCCUCAGCCAGAGCGUGCUGGAGUUCGCUGACGACUGAGGGGCCCCUGGAGGCUGAACCGUAGUCGUUUACAGUGGCGUUUUGACUGACCAGAGAGAGAGAGAGAGAGCACGAGCGAGAGAGAGUGAAUGAGUGAGUGUGUGUGUGUGCGUGCAUGCUUGUGUGCGAAGCCUACACUGUUAUGGGCUGUGUGGUUCAGGGUGUGUAUGACUGAUAUGUUUGAAUGCGCUGGAAUCCAGUGUUCUGUUCAGGGAAGAUGAGAGGGAGGCUGUAGGUAGACCCGCUGAGAUGCGUGUGAAAUGGGCGUUUCCCCAAUAUGUGAACUUGUCUUAUGAUGAGUUUCUAUGAUGCUAAAUGAGCAUAUCCUGCGUGCAUCGCUGGCAGUGCGGGGGUCUGUUUCUGUCUGUGUGCUGCCUGAUUCACGUGUUGCACUGCUGCUGUCAGCUGUUGUACCAACAAACACUGACUGUAAUAUCUGGGUGUAGCCACCUGGUGGUGCCACUUCCUUGUAAUACUGUUGCUAUGGGCAAAAGGUGUAAGUGUUGUGUAUCUAUUUUUUAUUUUAUUUUUUUGCUCUUGUCUCAUACUUCAUGAAACUUGAACCCAACUUCUCGCUGUAUUAUACUGUCAAAUAUUUUGAGUAAGUAAUCGCCAUUAUACAGGAAAUACGCAUAGAAACAAUCUCACAUUUUUGUAGCUGUCCCUGCUGGGGCUUAAAUCGCUGACUGCUAAUUUAAGUCAUGUGCAUAAAUCAGUUGUAUGAAGAAUCUUACCCAAUUAACAAGUGUACUUUGUCAGUUUACCAAAUAAGCCAUUUUGUUUAGAAGUGUGGGGGGUGGGAUAUUAAAGAGGGAAUGUCCUUUAUUUUUUAAUUGAUGCAUUGUCUAUGUUUAGAUGUCCCUCUGGCAUAAGAUACGCUGACACGCUGGUAAUCACUGCAAGUGUGUACAUACUGUGAGCAGGCACAUGUACAGGAACAUUUAAAGUACUUUUAAUUGAAUCUUUGCCUGUUUCUUUCCCACUUAUUGUGAGCAGACAUGCUGGACAAUAAAUGCAAACAUUUUAAGGACUUUUAA